AUGAAGCGUUGCAAUAGUCUCUUAGAUGUCAAUUCAAAACGUAGUAGUGCGUCAAAUCGAGUUAGAAACAUGUCUACACUGAAAUCUUCCAUGUCACCCAUAAAAUCGAGAAAUAAAAAUAUAACUAAAAAUGCAGUCACCUUUUUUGCAAAUAUUAUAUAUUUAUCCCUUUUAUUGUGCAUAUUCCAAGGAUCUCUUGACUACAGGGACGUUAAUAAAUUCUCUACCAAAUGUACUAAACCAUUUAAUGGUAAAGCGACAGGUAUCACAUUUAGGAGAAACCUAGCCCAAGUAUACGGUGAGAAUGUACCUGAAAUGCCAGAGGAAAAUGUAUUAGAACCAGAAGAUGCAGCAACGCAGACCUUUGAGCAUUAUAACUCUAAUUACCCUCCUGAAGAAGAGGAAUUUGAUGACACUGAAAAUCUAGAUGAACUUAUUGGAAUAUGCGAAAAAGAAUUUGAAGAUAUUCUUAUAGACAUUACAGAUCGGUUUGUAGAAUUUACGGACGAUAUGAAUCAUUGCUGGUGUGAUGAGAUGUGGAAAACUGUAUGGUGUAAAUACGUAGACAGUGUGUACAGUAGUGUAAUAAAAAACCUAAACGACCCAACCCUUUCUUUAAAUGAAAAAAAGGAUAUUUUCAAAUUCUUGAUGGAAUGGUGUCAGGAAGAUUUUAAGUACUUCUUGAAAUUCAUUAAGGAAGAAUGGGAUUUGAGGGAUGACCCAGAGCAUUACUUGGAAAGAUAA